CAGGAGUGGUAGAAAACAGGGUCCCCCCGGGCGUGGUGCAAUAGUCAUGAGGUAGCUGCGUGGCGUCGCUGAUGGGCACCGUCCUGGUGGGGAUGGCCCGGCUCUGGCUGUGCUGGUGGCCGCCGGAGGAGGACAUCUCCCUGCUCUAUUGUCCCGGCUGCUGGGGGAGGGAAGGGGGCAGAGACGCUGAAGGAGGAGGUGGUGGAGGCGGCGGCGCUGGACUCACUCCGGGGGCGGGGGGAGGGCAGCAGCCGCCUCUCUUCUCCGGUUCCUCGGCACUUUCUCUCGGUCCACCGCCUCCACCGCCACCUUCUCCCUCGGCCUCCGCCAGCAGCAGGAAACCCGGGGCGGGGGCCGACGGCCGAGAAGGGAGGGGAGGGGCCGGACGUGCGGGGAGGAGCAGCCCGGCGGGUGGGGGCGGCCUGUGGCAGCUGCCGCUGCGCGAGCUGGUGGGGCCGUUCCGGGCACGCGGCUCUGCGCCCCCCCAGCGUUUUGUGCCACCCGCUCCUCGGGCCCAGCGGGGAGGCGACUCGUCCCCUUGUACACAGGCCGCGCCAACUGGGACUGCGCCCCGGCUCGCGAGCUGCUCGGAUCUCCUGGGCCAAGCUCGCCGGAGGGCCUUUCCUCUGUGGAAGUGCUUCCCUGGUGGGACUAGGUGUGGUGCCUGCAUGGAGAAAAAAAUGGGGGAAGCUGUAGCCAGAGUUGCCAGAAAGGUGAAUGAAACAGUGGAGAAUGGAGCAGAAUCCCUAGUCAGUGGAAGGGCCCCUGGUGAGGACACGCACCACGGACAGAAGGAGGGUAGUGUGGACAUGUACUACCGCAAUUUGGCUGACUGCAAGUUGAUGAUGUUCCCUAUUGGCAUUUACAAAGUCAUGAGGAAUGUCACCGAAGGGAUACAUCUCAUAACUCUGGCCAAUAAUGAACUCAAGUCUGUGACCAGCAAAUUCAUCACCACCUUCAGCCAGAUGAGAGAACUCAACCUGGAAGGGAAUUAUCUGCGUCGCCUGCCUGAAGAGAUGAGAACCCUGUUACAUCUGAAGGUCAUCAACCUGUCCAGGAACAAGUUUCGACACUUUCCUGAGCAGUUGACUACCUUGAAGGCUCUUGAAACCAUCAACCUUGAAGAGAAUGAGAUUACAGAUGUCCCUGUUGAGAAACUUUCUUCAAUGGAGUCGCUGCAGAGUGUAAACCUGAAGUCAAAUCCCCUGAACGAGGAAGUCCAGGUGAUUGCCAGGCCGCUGAUCAAAUUUGAUCUCCUGGUGUCUCCAAAGGGAGCACAUGCUGCUCCGCAAGCCUGAAACACAGACUUUGGUUGCGUGGACUUGGUGUGACUUCAUUUGAGACUGGUUUUAAAGGGAAAGCUAGGGGAUCCGGCUGCAGGGCAUGCUGAUCUAGAAUGGCUCCACCAGCUUUUGCAAGCUGCAUCACUCCUGCAUGUGUGAGGUUUUGUAGAUGGGAGGAGUAGGAUGGGGAUGAUUGGGGGAGGGGGGGGUUCAGAGUCGGUAUUUCAUUGAUAGAGAGUGGAUCUGCUUAUUGUUAUUUCUUUGCAGCUGUCUAAAAUACACAGAAAUGCAGUGACGCCCUAGUAAAUCACUAUUUGAUAAAGGAAUAAAUCUGUGAAAAGAUUAAACUUCCAGGGCAACAGAAAGGAAAGUGCAAUGCAGAAAUAGAUCAGAUAAGAGACUCAGGGCAGGUCUUCACUACAGGGGGGGUUGAUUUAAGAUACGCAAAUUCAGCUACGCGAAUAGCGUAGCUGAAUUCGACCUAUCGGAGCCGACUUACCCCGCUGUGAGGACGGCGGCAAAAUCGACCUCCGCGGCGCCCCGUCGACGGCGCUUACUCCCACCUCCGUGGUGGAGUAAGAGCGUCGAUUCGGGGAUUGAUUGUCGCGUCCCAACGAGACGCAAUAAUUCGAUCCCCGAGAGAUCAAUUUCUACCCGCCGAUUCAGGCGGGUAGUGUAGACCUAGCCUCAGUCUCCUAAGUGUAUUUCUGUGCACCAAACAAAACUAGAAAUAGUCUCUCAGUAGAGCUUUCUGCAAUGAGUCUGACAAGGAAGUGACCUAUUAGAAGAAUAACACCUUGCUUCAGCAAAAAUCAAUGUAAUAGCCUACUCCAUUCUUGUAUCACUCAAAGCCCUGUUAUUCAGGUGAAGCAUAGUAUGGAGCAGAAGAGUGAUAGAAGGAGGCUCUGUCCUAUGAAUAAGCACUUAUUUACACAGCCUUGAUGGUCCAGGAUUGAAUGAAAAUACUCUGUGGAUGGACUUUUCUUUUCAACUAGUUUGAUCUUGGUGGUUUACCCCUAGGGUCUGAGCCAGCUGUUAUAAUGGAGCAUAUUAACUGGACACCACUAUGAGCAUCAAAACAAGACAGUAAAACUUGUCUUACAGUACAGAGGUCCUCUUGGAAAGAAUAUCCUAUCUACAGACAACUCCUUUUCUUCUCUGGUUCUUCAUUCAGCAUUUGAUUGACAAGGCAUAAUGAUCCCACACACACCCUUUUUUUUUUUUUUGACAGAUUAGUUGAUUUUGUCCAAGAUAAAUAAUUUCUGUUCAGCCUCCUAGGGCUUGUCUUCACUGCAAAGUUAACUCGAAUUAUAAUUUGAAUGUUGCCCUUAACUCAAGUCCCAUCCACACACACAAACUCUUUACUGAAGUGUGGUGGUACUUUUAAGUCAAGUUGGCUGGCCCGAGAGGGAAGGUAUAGGCCAAAACUCAAGUGAGCACAAUUCGUCAGUUGCUGUCAUAGGCUAGCUCCACUCAAGUGCCAACAGUCCUCCAAUGUCUUCCCACAAUUCCUUCCCUGUGCCCAGAAAGGACAGAAGAGUUCUCUCACUAGUUACUGGAAAAUAAUUCAUAGAAUGGCUUAUUUUACUACAUCACUAAGAACCAUGGAUUGUGUGUGUCCCCAGCAGUCUUAGUGACACACACUAAUGAGUGCAGCUCCAGAGUGGCUACAACAGCUCAAGAGUUAUAUCACAGUGAGCUAGGCUUGCUUGAGCUAGGCUAACUUGAGAGGAGUAACUCAAGUGUAGAUAACUUGUUAUACUCCUACUGUAAUACUAGGACUGGCAGUGCAUUGACAUUAACAAGAGCAGGGGUGAAGAAAUGUUCAAACAUGGUUUCUGCAUGUCACUCCAGUAUAUGUUAGUUCUGGUUUUAGCGAUCUCUCUGAGUGUGUCCUGUCAUGAGCUGCUCACUGCUUGUCCCUUGUUCACAUGGUAGGUAUAUUUUGCUUCAAUAGAUUUUAACGUAGUUUCCUGUUGCUGGGGAUCAAGAGAGAAUCUGGUGGAUGGAAGAACCAGAAAAUUUAACUUGCUGGUGAGAAAUGAUCUCUGGUGGUUGGUUUAAAACAAAAAGGCAAUAAAUUAAUCUAUUUGUUUCAUCAUCUUGAAUAGUGUUUUCCACAGAAUAUAGACAUAUGCUGGAUGUGCCUAAUACAUACAUGUGGAUAUUAUUGUUUCUCCUUUCUGAUCCAAGCAGCUAGUCAAAGUUUAGGGCCCCAGGAAUAUCCCAGCUGGAAGUAGAGUCUGGUAUUUUCUUUGAUGCAAUCUGGUUGUCCAAAUGCAGAGGGAACCCAGAGCAAAAGGAGCAGUUUUUUAUCUGACAAUCCCAUGCCUCUUUAGCCAACACUAGACCCAAAACACUAGACCCACUAGACUCACUUUCUAGCUUUUUCCAAGGUCAGCUGUGCUUACAGGCUGCUGCUUGGCCUCUCAGUCUGCUGGCUCUGUUUCCAGCUUGUCUAUUUUACUUACACAAACACUAACACACAGACACCCAGUCAAACACUCCAUCCACAGGGUGCUAGUUUCUGGGCAGACACUGUUAGGACUUGUUUUUGGUGUGGCCCCUUAAGUGUUUCUUACAACGCACAGUUUGUGCAGGGUGAGCUCACACAUCAGUUUGAACAAGGUUUUAACUCAGCCCCUAACAAGAUUUCACCCAGCUCAUAACUUAUAAAUGGGGAAACACUCCUUUCAUUGGGGAUACAUUUACAUCCUUACUGCUCACUUCAUCUCUAAAAGGUUGCCUGCUUUCAAAUAUUGGUAUUAGUGGCAAGUUGGGUACAAGGUUUUGUUAUUCUAGACCCACCUUAUUCACAAUGAAACUUUACUUUGAAAUAAAAUAGGUGGUUGGUUUAGUAACAUUCGCCAAUUAGUAGAAGCAGUGAUAUGGAUUCCUAAAGCUCUACCGACAAAAAGUAAUUUUAAUUUAAUCAGCAUGUGAAAUGUCAAGUGCCAAAAUAAAUAUACCCUUGUGCUACAUCUCGUGUAUGCUCACCUUCUAAAGAGCAGUUUUGUUCUUCCCAUCUGGCCUUCCUUGAUUAUAAAAAUGAUUCCUUUAACCAGCUGCUA